GAGGUGCCCGGUAGCCCCAGCAACCAAGUCGCACCUGGAGCUGUCCUAGCGCCUAGUUCUCUCCCGGCCGCAGAGCUGGCCACCCAGGGGGAGUCGCAGUGUUUGGAAGAUCUCUCUAACACCUCUCGGCCAACUUCAGAAGUGUAUAAGAUCAGCUUUAUCUUUCCAAAUGGAGACAAGUAUGAUGGUGACUGCACAAGAACAUCUUCUGGAAUCUACGAGAGAAAUGGAAUAGGUAUUCAUACCACUCCUAAUGGGAUUGUCUACACAGGAAGCUGGAAAGAUGACAAGAUGAAUGGUUUUGGAAGACUUGAGCAUUUUUCAGGAGCAGUAUAUGAAGGACAAUUUAAGGAUAAUAUGUUUCAUGGACUGGGGACUUACACAUUCCCAACUGGGGCAAAGUAUACUGGAAAUUUCAAUGAAAAUAGGGUGGAAGGUGAAGGGGAAUAUACUGAUAUCCAAGGACUAGAAUGGAGUGGUAACUUUCAUUUUACAGCUGCUCCAGACCUGAAAUUAAAGCUUCACAUGUAGAUGUGAUGUUAAAUUAAAGUUGAAAUGUAGUAAUUGAAGCUUCUAGUUGUAAGGAAAGCAACUUAAUCUGUUAUAUGAAAUGACUUCAUACACUACCCCUAUAAGUUUGCCAAUAAAACCAUCACUUGCUUACA